AUGGACACUUCCCCUGCCGCAGACCUGCUCUUCACCGUCGCCAAGGACCCCAUUGUCAAUGUUUGGUACUCGGUCAACGGAGAGAGGCUUGGCACUUACAAUGGUCACACAGGAGCUGUCUGGUGUGUGGAUGCAGACUGGGACACGAGGCAUGUGCUUACAGGCUCUGCAGACAACUCCUGCCGGCUCUGGGACUGUGAAACAGGAAAACAGCUUGCCUUAGUGAAGACCAGCUCUGCUGUGAGAACGUGCGGGUUUGAUUUUGGAGGAAACAUCAUCAUGUUCUCCACGGACAAGCAGAUGGGGUAUCAGUGCUUUGUGAGCUUCUUUGACCUGCGGGACUCCAGUCAGAUUGAGAACGAUGAGCCUUACAUGAAAAUCCCAUGCAGCGAGUCAAAAAUCACCAGUGCUGUGUGGGGCCCUCUGGGGGAAUUCAUCAUCGCAGGGCAUGAGAAUGGAGAGUUGAACCAGUUUAGUGCCAAGUCAGGGGAGCAGCUCACGAAUGUCAAAGAGCACACCAAGCAGAUCAACGACAUCCAGACUUCUCGGGACAUGACCAUGUUUAUCACUGCCUCCAAGGACAACACAGCCAAGCUCUUCGACUCCACGACACUCGAUCACCUGAAGACGUUCCGGACGGAGCGGCCCGUGAACUCUGCAGCGCUCUCACCCAUUUUUGACCAUGUUGUCCUGGGUGGUGGACAGGAAGCCAUGGACGUGACCACGACCUCUACUAGGAUUGGCAAGUUUGAGGCAAGAUUCUUCCACUUGGGUGUUGAAGAGGAGUUUGGGAGAAUCAAAGGCCACUUUGGUCCAAUAAACAGUGUUGCCUUCCACCCUGAUGGAAAGAGUUACAGCAGCGGCGGUGAAGAUGGCUACGUCCGCAUCCACUACUUCGACCCCCAGUACUUCGAAUUUGAGUUUGAAGUUUGAAGCACAGUCCCUGCUUCUUCCUUCAUUCCCCCCUUCCCUUUUGAAUGGUUUGUCAUCCCCCAGUCCCCAUCUCCUCUUAUGCAGCUGUGGCAGGGCCCAGGUUAGUCAGCUCCCAUGGGAAGCAGUGGGUGCUGAGGUCAUGGGUAAGCUGUGAUGGGCAUGGGAAUGAUGCUUCGUGGAGGUAGCCUUGACGGCAUGUGGCCAGUAGGGAUCGGUCCACUCAUCUGCUCUGCAGGCCACUAACUUCCUGCCUUCCUUGGGGAUAUUUAUAAAUCGGUGGGAAAAUAAACUCCAAAGGAAAUAAUAAAUAUAAAUCUUUCA